GACAACGUCAUAGCCUUUUUUGUGAUCAGCGAAGGUUCGGGGAAAGCACCAGCCAAUACUAAAAAUCGAUUGGAAAUGCAAAUUCUUAAAUUGAGCUUGGGAGUCAUACCAUCGAAAUUUGCACCUUUGCCCCCUCCGAUCCCUACUUUUACUGGUUAUAGCGGUGGAUCCAUGUUUGUUCUCGGUUUCUUCAUGCUCCUAAUCGGAAUUACUACUGGCAUUGGUGUUAUGUUUUUUAUAUGGAGGCGUCAACGUCUAUCCGGUCUUGCUUACCAAGUUUUUGAGUAA